UAGUAAUGUCUCUGUGCAAGUAUAUCUUAUACUAACUGUGCUAAUAACGUGUGUAUGUCCUCUGAGUGUGUGUGUGUGUGAGAGUGUGUGUGUGUGUGUGUGGGAGUGACUAAAUAAGUCAUGCAUUUAGAAACAAUAAAUGUCUCCUGGUGUUGCUCACUCUCUGCAUGACAUUUCUCCGGCACAAUGUUGCACAGCGCAGCCACCAAGCAACUCAUCACUGCAGUUCUGCUGCUCUGCUCAGUCACUCUCACAUGUGGAGACGAAGUGUUCGGAACGGAAGGUCAACCCGUUAUUUUGCCAUGUACCUACAAAGUGAGCAGCACAAGUGAUAUCACUACCAUGUGCUGGGGCAAGAAUACCUGUCCUAGCUCAAAGUGCAAUCAACCUCUCGUUUGGACUGAUGGAUAUAAAGUGACUUUUACAUCGUCUAAUCGCUAUGAGCUAAAUGGUCCCAUUCCAAAAGGAACAGUGUCUCUUACCAUUAAGAGCGUAACCCUCGAAGAUCAAGGGACUUACUGCUGUCGCGUGGAGCAUCAUGGCUGGUUUAAUGACAUGAAACUCAACAUCAGACUAGUGGUGAAAAAAGCUCCUGUAACUACUAAAUCAACAAUAACUACAUUAAGGACCACUACUGAAACCAUAAAGCCAUCAGCUAAGCCAACAACGAUACCAACUACCACAUAUGUUCCAACCACUGGUAAUUUCAUAACUGAACAUGAAGAUCAUCACACCACAGAGUCUCCUCCCUCCUCCCCUACCUGGGUUCCACAUUGUAAUGAGGCCACUCUACCUACACAGUCCACUGAGCCAAAAACUGCCAAUGAGAUGAGCACCAAGACUUAUGGAGAGUUUAGCACAGAGGCUCCAACUUACAUUCCAGAAGAGAGUCAUUUGCCGACCACAGAAUUUACCACCUCAUUUGGAAAUGAGAACAGAAGUCCAAGAGAAACUACACAAGUCAAUCCCAUCCCUACAACAGAAUCAUCAUCAUCCUCUCCCUCUGCAACAACACAGGUAGAUGAGAUACACCCAGAGCAGGGACCCCUGGACAACUCACAACCAGGAUCCUCGCCAUUUUCCGGGAACGUCACCAUAGUUGAGACACAGAAAGCAGGAAUUCCUCUGUAUGUUCUCAUCACCGUUAUCAGUGUCUCAGUCAUACUCAUAACUAUGGUCACACUCCUGGUGUUGAAACUGAGAGGAAAGGGAAGCGGAGCUUAUUUUUUCCAUCAAAAUCCCAGUUUAGAGCUUGUUACGCACGCUGAUUACCUGGCUGAGGGUGCACAAACAGGAGAACCAGAACUACACAAAGCAGACUGGCAAGUCAAAGCUGAAACAAAUACAGAUAAAGAGAAUAAUAAGCCAUAACUCAUUGCAUUUGAUGUUUCACAUGUAAUUUCCCAUUUAGAAUGACACAUUUUU